CAAAGAUACCUUACAGUUUACACUGUGUGUGCUGGAAAGGCUUUGAAACCCGCGAACUUUCAAGUAAUUGUAGUGGGUAAUGGUGUACGUGUGUUGUCGGAGCGUUAGUUAAUUGCGAGCAGUUGUCAGAAAACCAGGAACAUGUGAGAAAUAAGUAGAAAAUAGCGCAAUGGACGGUUAAUAUAACUAACAGCAAAAUUCCCCAGUUUAAAGCCAAUCUGCUUUUUGGUAUAGAGCGCUAACGCUGCUAUCGUCUGCUAGAAUGUUGAAGAAAUGGAAUUUUAUAUACGACCGCCGGGAGGAACAGUGGCCUUAUAUAAUAUGGAGAAAUGUGUUUCUCAGAGGUUUGAAGUUCUCAAACUUAUGAAUUAUAACAAGAGCACCGAUAAUGUGGCGUUUGACUGUUUAAUAGAAGGAACUGCUUUGGAUAAAGUAGGGCAUCAUACUUUACGGUUGAUGUCCUUGUCUUGUUUGGAGUUCAGAGAUUUCUUUAUAGAAGGUGAAACACGUUUUUUUCUAAAACGUAUAAAUACAAUCACUGAAAAUGAAAUUAUUGGAGCAAUCCGAAGAAUUAGAAAGCAUAUUGCAGAUGGUUUGAAAUUUUAUGCUAAAUCUCAGAAAAUGUUGGAAAUACUUUCUGUAAUAGACAAUACUCUAACCCAGUUACAAACUGAUGCCCUGUUUCAUGCAUUCAGUACUAAUCACAGAGAGGACUGUAUGGAGUUUGCAGUCCACUUGCCUUUCACGGCGUGCCUGCAACUAGUACGAAAGAGGCUGGUGGAACUUUCUGAAGGUGUGGCUAGAGUGCCUUGUGGAGGAUGGCGUAGGCAGCUGCUGCCUAUGCUCUUUGCAACACAGUUGAGAGCAGCUUGCAGUUCUGCAGCAGAACGUGGGUGCCUACAGUCUGUCCUCUCAGAUGAGCGACUAAAAGGAAUACUGCAGAAACUAAGUGCAUGGUUCCAGAAUCGCAGUGUUGGUCUGAAACAAAAUAUUUUAGAAGCAAACAAUGUUGAUGCCCAUGCACACCUGUUCCCUCCUUGUCAGAUGCACCUCUACAAGACACUCCGUGAGCGCCAUCGUCUUUCACAUGAACCUCGCCGCACAUUGAGCCUAUUUCUCAAAGACAUAGGCAUGCCUAUUGAACAAGCUGUGUCCUUUUGGAAGAGAGAAUAUUCACAGAAAGCUACUGCUGCAUGCAGUUGCCAGCAUUCCUGGCAAAAAGACAUGCGGAAACUAGUGUAUAGUAUACGCCAUAUGUAUGGUUUAGAAGGCAGUCGUAUCAAUUACAGAGCACAGUCAUGUAAGGUUAUACAGGAUCACACUAUAACUGCCAGUGGUGAAGGUGGCUGUCCAUUUGUGCACUUUGAUCAUGAUCGUCUACGGUCUUGCCUUUCACAAAAAGUGACCUCAAAUCCUCAAGUGUUUGAAGAGAUCCUGUCUUUGUCAAGUGAAUUUCCUACAGUGGCCUGUAUUAAACAUUUGACAGCAUCUCAUCUAGGUAACAGUGUGCUCUCUCCACAUUUUACAACUCCUGCACAGUACUAUGGCUGUGCUCUCAAGGUUUUGAAGUCCAAGGAUAACAUGAACAGUAUGCUGCAGUAACCAAGUAAUGCUGUGGAGACAGACAUCCUGUGACAGAACAGUAUGGAGCCCAACUUGUAAAAUGAAAAUAUAUAUUGGAUUUUAACAAUAA